UCAUUGUCUUAAAAAAAAAAGAGAAAAAAAAUCAACCGCUCAUUUUUAAGCAACUUUUGCUUUCACUUAUAAAAGAAUUUCUGAUUUUUCUCUCUGGGUUUUUGUUUUCCUAGGUUGCCCUGCGUUGAAGGGCUCUCAGAGCCAAAGGUUUUGAUUGGCGGUUAAUUUUUGUGGUGGGUUAUUGAAGGUGUUUCAUUUCUGGGAUUAUCUCACCUUUUUAAGGUUCUGGUCUUUUACAUUAAAAUUCAUCUAUGGUUGUUAAGAUGGGUUUUUGAGUGUUGGGAUUAUCAGCAAGAUCAAGAAAGUGUGUGUUUUUUUAUAUGAGCAAGGAGAUUAUGCAAUCGGCUUGGUCAUAUAUAAAGCUUUUUUUGAACUAUUGUUUCCAUUUUACCUUGCUCAUCUAUGGUAGAGCUGCAAGACAAUUACUUUUGAUGCCUUGAAUUCUGCUUUGGAGUUGAUAAAAAAAUUAGCUUUUUUUUUGAGGGGUUUGUCUUAAAGUUGGUCGUUUGACUGUUGGGCAAGGUGGGAGUCGCUGUUUCUCUGGAGGCUCUAAUGAUAUCUUCUCUGAAGUGUUUACUUAUUUAAGUCGCCAAGUAUUUGGUUUGCUCACUUAAAGAAUCUUUGCCUCUCUGGUGGUUGAAGUUCUGUAUAUUUGGUGUUGUUAUACAGCUUCAAAAAUACACAUACAGAAAAAAAGGGGGAACUUUCUUCAUCAUUGUUCUGGUUUCCGCAUCACAAGUCAGGAUACCUAUCUUUUGAAUGGGGACUGAUGCUGCUGAAGUAGUGGAGACUCCAACAAUUCCCAGUUUCUUUAAGGUGCAUCACAUGAUGUGCACAGAGCUUGGUAAGUUCGUUGACAGAAUUGUAAGGAUAUUUCCGGAAAUUGAAGCUGCUCGACCUAGAUGCGAUUCAGGAAUAAAGGCACUAUGUUCACUGAACAAUGCAAUUGUGAAAGCAAAGUCACUUCUUCAGUACUGCAGUGAAUCCAGUAAACUCUAUCUGGCAAUAACGACAGAUGCCAUAGUUUCAAGAUGCCAAAGAUCGAAGAACUUGUUCGAACAAAGUUUAUGCCAAAUUCAGAGUAUGGUUCCAGUCAUGCUGGCUGUUGAGAUCUCUCAAAUUGUUGAUGAUCUGCGAGCUGCAAAUUUUGUCCCCGAUAAAUUUGAAGAAGAGGCAGGGAAGGUUGUAAGAGAAUUGCUCCAGAGGGGAGCUGCAGCGUCGGAUUCAAUGGAAUAUGCUGAAAUGAAAGCUCUUCAAAUUGCAGCUUCGCGACUUCAUAUUUCAUCUUCAAAAGCCAUCUUGAUAGAGCAAAGAUCUAUUAGGAAGUUGCUGGAAAAGGUUAAAGACACUGACCAACAAAAGGGAAAGAUCUUAAAAUAUCUUUUGUAUCUGUUGAGGAAGUAUGCUAACUUGAUUAUUCGAGAGCAAACAGACAACACAACUGAUCAGAAUGAAGGAUCAUUUGCAGUUAACGACCCCUGUACUAAUUUUGUGCAUACUCACUCUGUUGAUGUGGAAUCUCAUAGGGAGUAUAAGCAGUAUGAAGCUCAAGCUGAUAGGUUCAGUAGGAUUAUACCUCCUGAGGAAUAUCAGUGCCCCAUUUCUUCAAGAUUGAUGUAUGAUCCUGUUGUCAUUGCUUCUGGACAAACAUUUGAAAGGAUUUGGAUCCAGAAGUGGUUUGAUGACGGUAACAAUACAUGCCCAAAAACUAAAAAGAUACUGUCCAAUCUAUCAUUGACCCCAAAUGCUGUCAUGAAGGAUCUGAUAUCAAAAUGGUGCAGGAAGUAUGGAAUUACUAUUCAGGACCCAAGUAUACAAUCACAUGUACUUCAAUCGUUGGAAACUUCUUCCACUUCCAUAGCUAGUUUGGGCAGUUCUAUGAAUGAUCUGCGCUUUCCAGUGGACUUAAGCAAUAUAUCACUUGGAUCAUUAGAUACUAGUUAUACUUCAGAUGCAUCACGUAACAAGUUUUUAGAUGGCUUAAAUUUGAUACCAGAGCAGACCAUUGAUGAUCUUUGCCAAUAUCAAUCUCCCACUGAUGCAAGUAAGAUGGAUUUGGAGUCUCUAUCUAACCUUGCUGAGCUUGAUUGGGAAUCCCAAUACAAUAUGGUUGAAGAAAUGAAAAAUAAUUUGAGAUGUGAUGACCUAGCUUGUCUGUCUAUGUCAUCCAAGAAUUUCAUUGAGCCUGUGACUAAAUUUGUGAGCUGUGCUCGUGAUUUACAUGAUAUAAGAGCACAGAGAGCUGGAUUUCAGUUGUUAUUGACAUUUCUGAGCAAAAAGAGGAGUGGCACACGAUACUUAAAUGAAAAUGUGUAUAGUCUAUUAUCAUUGUUUAUCAACUCAGAAGUAACUAAAGAGGUUCUUGACAUUAUGGAAGUGUUGUCUGGCCAUGACAGUUGUAGAUCUAAGAUUGCUGCAUCUGGUGCUCUUGCUUCCUUUUUAAUUAUUCUUGACUCAAAGAUCAAAGAUUUCCAGGAACAAGUCAUUAAAAUUUUGCGCAAUCUGUCCUCGAGCAAUGAUGCUUGUUCCAAUUUGGUGUCUUUGGAGUGCAUCCCAAAAUUUGUUCCAUUCUUACAAGACACUACUCUUGCAAGGCACUGUUUAGUGAUGUUGAGAAAUUUGUGCAGUAACCAAGAGGCUAGGAUUUCUAUUACUCAAACUGCCGGAUGCAUUAAUUCUAUUGCUACAUUACUUGAGACUGGCAGUUAUGAGGACCAAGAGCAUGCACUGGCUAUUCUCCUUGUAUUGUGCUCACAACGUGUUGAAUAUUGUCACUUAGUGAUGGAUGAGUGUGAUAUAUUCCCUUCUCUUUUUGAUGUAUCUGUUAAUGGGAGUGAAAGAGGAAAGGCAAGUGCAUUCGAAUUGCUGCGGCUUCUUAGAGAUACCAACUCUAAUGAUGAUGAACAAGAAUGCUUUCAAUCCGACAAUGUCACAUCCGAUGAUGCUUACCAAGAAAAGAAGUCUCACAAGAAAUUGUUUGGAGUGAAAUUUCCAAUAUUCUCAAAAUCCAGUGCACCAAAAAAGAAGAAAUGAAACUUGGAUUUUCUGCUCUCUAUUGACAUUGGAGUUAACAAAUAUUCUGCCUGGGAGGGGAUUUGCUUACUGGGAUGUGGCAGCAAUAUCAUCAUACUGUAACAAAACUGUAGUUAGUUUGUGAAUGAUUUUGUCUGGCUCCAGCACUAAAUUCCAUGAUCUAGUUUCCUAGAUUUGAUUAUUUAUGAUGUAACUGCUGUCAUUUUCUGGUUGUAUAAUUUUUAAGAAUGUACAGUUUUUAGCAAGAGUUGAAGUUUUCUCAUUGUACCUUCUUCGCGUAAUCUUUGGCAGUUUUGUAUGUUAUUGGACCUUACAUAGAA